AAUUCCAGAAGCCUGCAGAUGGAAAUCAGCAGAAGAGGAGAAGGACGAAUAAGCAGAGCCUUCUGAAAAAGAAAUCCAGCCAUUGCCUUGAACUUCACCCAACAGAUUCAACUCCUGCUUGAGGCUCCGUGUCAGAUCCAAGCUGAACACAAGAAUUCCUGUCAACUGACCAUUACAAAAGAGUCAAGAGAAGCCCAUCGCCAUGAAGAUUGCUAUCCUCUGUUUGUGUCUCCUCACCAUCACCUUUGCCCACCCAGUCCGUAAAUCAAGACAUCAUGAUGAUGGAUCAAUGAGUGCAGAAGGAAGACAUGAUUCUAGGGGGCAUCACCAUCAUGGACACAGACAUCACCACCAUGAUUCACACAGCCAGGAGCACAGCCAGGAGCAUAGCCAGGAACAUGUGCACAGCCAUGAGUCCCAAGAGCAACAGGUGUCCUCCCAGCUGAGUGCUCCAUCUUCCGAAGAAAGUGAGGAGAUCACUGAGCAACAGACCCUUCUGGUUCCUGCUGUUGCCAGCAAGAGCAUGGAGGAUGAUGACAAUCACAGUGAUGUGGAUGAUGACGAUGAUGACCAUAGUGAUUCAGACGACUCCGAUGAGUCACACGAAGGCACUGUCACUGAUUUACCCACCGACAGCCCUUUUACCCCACCUGUGCCUCCAGAUCCCUUUACAGGCAGAGGAGACAGCGCACCCAACGGAAUAAGGGCAAAAGUAGACCUGGUGCAUUUUAAGAAGUCAUACAAGAAAUCUGGAAAGUUUGACUCCCAUGAUGUCACAGAUGAUUUUGACAGCACUCCAGAUGUGGAGAGCCAUGAAUCUUAUUCCUCCAAGGCACAUUCUCUGGAAAGUCAUGACACAAGUGUAGAAAGUGAUCUGAGAGAGAGCAAUGAAGUCCACAGCACAUCCCAUGAUAGAAGCUUAGAGAGGGCCAGCCAGCAAACACUGGAGAGUGUUGAGGAUGACCAGGAUGAUGCUGACCAUGAUAACAGCAAGAUCACAGCUUCCUUGGAAAGCCAUGAGAGUACGGAGCUGCAGAAAGACUACCAUGAUGGGCUCCAACAGGUAGCCCAUGACCGCAGUAUUGAUGAUGUCAGCAACCAAACUUUGGAAAGCACUGAAGAUCACCACAGUGUUGAGGAUCGCCAUAGUGCUGAGGAUAAGCACAGUGUGGAAGACCACAGCAUUGAAAAUCACCACAGUGUUGAGAACCACAGCACUGAGGAUCACCACAGUGUUGAAGAUCACCACAGCAUUGAGGACAAUGAGGUCACCCUCUAAGUGGGGGGGAGGGGUAAGCAGAGCCCACACUUGCUUAAGAUCACACCCCAGGUUUUUCACAUGAAGAGUUGCAGCUACAAGUAGAGCCCAAAUCCAUCAGGAAGGGGGUCUUUUUGUUUCUAUUUUUUUGCUGAGUUAGGGAGAGAGAGAGAAUGGCCAAUGCAAUUAUUACUUGAAUGUUUGCUGCCAACUAUAUAUAUACACAAGCCUGAUUUUGAGCGGUAGCAAUUAUAGGCAAUGUGUGUGUUUUUUUAACCAGGCAAAAUGUCCAACCUAAUAGUGUGCUUAUCUACUUGGAAGUAAAUCCUACUGAUUUCAGAGGGGCUUACUCCUAAGUAAGCAUGCUUAGGAUUUCAGUCCCAACUGUACAGUAUUAGCAACUCUGCCCAUCAGAAAAUCGUAAGCCCUUCUUGCUGCAUACCUCCCUGCUCCAUUAAGAGGAAAAGAGAAAGAGAUGCUAGGGGAAAAAAUCUAGUUUUACACUCUGAGUGAAUGUUGUGUAUGUUAUGAUACUGUACUUCUAAAACGUUUCAUGUUGCAAUGUAUAUUUUGUUGACAAUUGUGAGUUAAAUAAAAAGACUAAACCUUA